UAAGUGCAAAAUCGCUCUGCUCUGCAAGCCAAACCGUAACGAGAAAAACAUUUCGCUGUUAAUCAGUCUAAAAAUACAAGUCCGAGCAACAAGUCAACGCCAUCCAUUUCGUUGAGUGCACCGGGGGCUAUUUUUAAAUUGAAAAACUAGAAAAUGUGAAAAAAUACUUAUCCGCCGUGAAUUAUUAUUUCUUGCAACGAAUUGAAAAACAUGUAAACUUAUUAAAAACAAAAUAAUAAAUCAAUCGAUUGAUGCCGUUUUGAUGUUGGACUGAAAAGAAGAAGAACAAAAGAAACUGCCACAGAAUGCCACCGAAGCGACCACCACCUCUGGUGCCGAAGAAACCAAAUCCCAGCAUGGUCUACGAGGUGCUCAUCUAUUUGAAUUCAUUCUAUUUCGGGAUGUUCGCAUUCUGCGAACUGGCCAUGAGUCUGCUGAAGGCUAUAAAUCUAACAUAUCCUUCGGAAAUCUUGAUACGUGACAUGGUUAUUAUUGUGGCCUAUUGCUUUUUGGAGACGGUACGAGUCGUUUUGGGACGUAAAAGUUCAUUGGCCGAUAGAGGUUUACCAGCAAUUAUAUCGGUUCUUCUGAUUGUCCCGUGCCUAUUUGGUGUCAACUACAUAUUACUCUUACAAAUGUAUAAAUUACGUUUGGAAUAUGUUCUGUGCGUUCUGCAACUGGGUUUAUAUAUCACCGAAAUUUGGUAUGCCAUCUACUUUGUUUUCACACUUUGUCGUCCCAUAAAUUAUGAUUAGGACUUUAAAAAACACAAUAUUUUAUAAUGUUUUAUAUAAAUAACAAAAAACACAAUAUUUUAAUUGUACAAUAAAAGAAAUCAAAUAUAUUUAUUAACUCUCGAAUAAAUGCAAUGCAAUAUGAAAUCAUUAAGAAUUUUUAGUAAUAAACAAAUGUGAACAACAAUUUGGAAAAUAAUAAAAGAAAUGAAGUUAAAAGGUUAUUUAGUUGUAUAUUUAAGAGUUGUAAAAUUCUUCGUUUAAUUUUGAUUCAAUAAAAAAUUGGCCAAGAAUUGUGCAAGAUGUCUCUAAGUUUGUGUGUAAGGUAUCGCUCGAUGAAAAAACUUUUUUACUCCAGUCUAAAAAAAUUAUAAUCUUUUUCAGUUUUCCAAACCGGAUCAAACAAUUCAGGUGGGAAUACAUAAAGCGCUUAUCUAGCAGACUUAAGUCAUCGGCUGGCUUCUUUGGAAAUAAACAAAGGAGCCUAUGGCCAAAAUCGAACUAAUUCAACCUAAAACUCUUUUGUUCGUCUACGAAGAAGCCAGUCGAUGACUUAAGCCAGCUAAAUAAAGCUGGGAAUACAUAAAGCGCUUAUUUGACUUAUUUAUUUGUUUAAGGUGAGAAUACAUAAAGCGCUUACCUGGCUGACUUGAGUCAUCGGCUGGCUUCUUCUCUCUUGUCAUUGUCAAUUAAUAUAAAUUGUCAGUGAAAUAUAGCAAUAUUAAAAUCAAUGUGAGGAAUGUUUUAUCCGUGGUCUUAGUUAUUGGCAUGGUAAAAUUAAGAAGGUAAAGUCAUUUUAAAUAAGCACUUCCAUCUCUGCAUUUUCUGUAAUUCACCUUGUCAAAUUUACUGCUUAAAAUAGGUUUCCAUCUCUGAUUUGUGUGUUUAGAAUGGAUUUAAAAAUAUAUAUUUUAACAAUGAAAUUUUGUCAAAUGAAUAAUUUUGAAAAAAAUUGUAAACAUAUGAUUAAAUGACUUUACCUUCGUUAUUCUACCAUGGUUAUUGGAUCGAAGGCUGGUAAGUUAAAAAUAUAAGUUGAAUGUGCUUUUCCUAUGGGAAUACAUAAAAGGCUUGUUUUCAAAUGUAUAAUUUAGAAACAAUUUUAAACAUACGACUUCAUUGUUUCUUUACUUUCCAAGGUGGAAAAAGUCGUAAAAAAGAAGAGGAUAAAUACGGACCUCCUUCAAAUUGUGCUGCUACUUUGAGCAAGAAACAAUUUUUUUUGAAAAAAACAAGUAAAAAACCAUUUGAAAGAAUUUGGCAAUUUUCAAAAAAAUAAAAUACAUUAAAAAUUCUGUUAAAAGCUUAAAAAUACCGAAUGUAGCCGUUAUAUUAGGGUCUACACGACGACGUGGACCUGCAUAGGCGACUUUUGUCAUAAGCCAUUACAAUAUUCAAAUGCGAAACUUGAAAAAAUUGGUGAAUAAUGUAGCUAAAAUCAUCAAAAUACCGAAUAUAGGGAGGUACCGUUAUAUUGCAGCUAUACGAAGACGUAGACCUGCACUGACAAUUUUCUGUCACAGACUGCAGUAUCUAUUACCAAAAAUACCAAAUUGGAAACAAUUCCGGUGAAUAAUGUCGCUAAAAUCAUCAAAAUACCGAAUAUGGGGGGGUACCAUUAUGUGGGGGCUAUACCAAACCGUGGACCUGCAUAACCCAUUUUCAAUACCAAAAGUCGUUCGGAGGCUGGAGAGAUUUCCACAGACGGAUAGACGGACGAAUAUCACUAAAUCGACAUGGAAUUUUAAACUGAUCAAAAAUUAAUAUACUUUGUGGGGUCUACAAUGCACAUUUCGAGGUGUUACAAACGGAAUGACAAACUUAAUAUACCCUCCAUACUAUGGUGGAAAAUUAAAAAUUCUUAAGGUGAAAAUACAUAAAACGCCCUUUUAAAUGGCUUAAGUCAUCGGCUGGCUUCCAUGGUAGAAGAAUAUAGGUAGACGCAUCGACACAGCUGCUGAGACAAUGAACUGUCAAACCAAUUUUGGAAUUGAAAAUGAUGAAUGAAAAAUAUUUUAAAUUUUGUAGAAAUUGUUGAAAAACACGAAUUAUAAUAACUUCCGAAUGACGCGGUAUAUGAAAACAUAUAAAAAUCUACUUAUAUUUAAAAAAACAUUGACAAUUUUUUGACAUAUCAAUGCUCCCAAGCGUUGAGCAUCUACCUGUAUUCUUCUGCCGAAGAAGCCAGCCGAUGACUUAAGCCAGCCACAUAAGCGCUUUAUGUAUUCCCAGCUUAAGUCAUCGGCCAGCCCAUGGUAGAAGAAUAUAGGUAGACGAAUCGACACAGCUGCUGGGACAAUGAACUGUCAAAACAAUUUUGCAAUUGAAAAUGUUGAGUGAAAAUUUAUUUACAUUUGUAAAAGAUGUUGAAAAUUCCGAAUUAUAAUAUCCUCCGAACGACGUCGUAUAAGAAAAGAUAUAAAAAUCAAUGUUCCCAAGCGUGAUGCAUCUACCUGUAUUUUUCUACCAUGGGCCAGCCAAAUAAGAGCUUUAUUUAUUCCAACCUAAAACUCCUUUGUUCCCAUGAAGAAGCAAGCCGAUGAAUUAAGGUGAGAAUGCAUAAAGGCGAAAGUACAUAAAACGUUUUUUGUGUCUGGCUUAAAUCAUCGGCUGGCUUUUUCGUAGAGGAUCAAAGAAGUUUUAGGUUGACUAUUUCGAUUUUGGCUUACGCUCCUUUGUUCUUUUCCGAAGAAGCCAGCCGAUGACUUAAGCCAUUUAAAAACUCGUUUUAUGUAUUUUCACCUUAAAACGACUGGCUUAAGUCAUCGGGUGGAUUCUUCGUAAAAGAACAAAGGAGCUUUAGGAUGAUUUAUUUCAAUUUCGACCCAUAAUUUUGACUUAUUAACCCUACGCUCCUUUUUUCUUUUUAUGUAUUCUCACCUUUAAGUCAGUCAUAAAAGAUUUAUAUGUGCUCUCUGUACUCUUUAUUCGUACAGGAUCAGAGCUUAAAUAUUUGCAACCAUGUGUGUUAAAAUAUCCGAUAUUCGAAAUUUUGAAUUUGAAUUCUCAAUUAUGACUAGACCAUUAAUAAGAUAAGUGUAUUGAAUGUUUUCAGGUUCAUACACAGGAGACGAUUAAAUAGCACAAAUCUUGAUCCAGCUAUCCUUUUAUAUAAAUUUUGGAAGUAACCUCAUGAGGGAUUAAAAUAUCUUUUGGCUUGGGAUCAAAAACACGUUUAAUGUAUUCUCACCUUUAAACCAGUCAGAAAAGAAAUUAUGUACUCUCACCUUUAUUCGUACAGAAGCAGAGCUUAAAUAUUUGCAGUCGAGUUGUGUCGAUAUCCGAUAUUCAAAAUUUUGAAUUUGAAUUCUCAAUUUUGACUGGAACAUUGAUAAGGUAAGAGUUUUAAAUAUUUUCAGGUUCAUACGCAGAAGACGAUUAAAUAGCACAAACCUUUCUCCAGCUAUCCCUUUAUAUAAAUUAUGGGAGUAACCUCAUGAGGGAUUAAAAUAUCUUUUGGCUUGGGAUCAUUAUUUCGAAAUUUGCAUUGUACACUCAUUGGCCUUCCAUUCACAUAAAUAUUUACUUUAAAUGCAAAAACCAAAAAAUUUAACAAAACAAGAAAAAAAACAAUGCAAAAUCAACAAUAGUAAUAAGUAAGACAAUUUUGAAUACAUACAUAUACAAAUACAAGAAAAGAUGAAACCCCGAUUUUUUUAGAAUAUACCAAUUUACAUAUGUAAGAUGACAAAGAAGAAGAACAAGAAACUUUGCAUAAAUGUUGUUAUUUAUUACUAUUAAGUUAAUGACAAUUUUAAAUUUCGAUUGUAAUCAAAACAAA